AUGAAGAAGGUCAAGUUCACCCAGCAGACCUACCACGACAGGCUCACCCAGAUCCUCGAAGAUUUCCCCGUGCUGGAUGACAUCCACCCGUUCUACGCUGAUUUGAUCAACGUCCUGUACGACAGGGACCACUACAAGCUCGCGCUUGGUCAGCUUAACAUCGCCCGUCAUCUCAUCGACAACUUGUCGAAGGACUAUGUCCGCCUCCUGAAGUUCGGUGACUCUCUGUACCGAUGCAAGCAGCUCAAGAGGGCCGCCCUCGGAAGAAUGUGUACCCUCAUGAAGAAGCAGGGUCCCUCUCUGGCCUACCUCGAGCAGGUGAGGCAGCAUUUGGCCCGUUUGCCCUCCAUCGACCCCAACACCAGGUCCAUGAUUCUCUGCGGCUAUCCCAACGUGGGUAAGUCGUCCUUCAUGAACAAGCUCACUCGCGCCGACGUCGACGUGCAGCCCUACGCCUUCACCACCAAGUCGCUCUUCGUGGGUCACACCGACCACGAGUACAUGCGCUUCCAGGUCCUGGAUACGCCCGGUAUCUUGGAUCAUCCCCUCGAGGAGAGGAACACCAUUGAAAUGCUUUCGAUCACGGCUCUGGCGCACUUGAGGGCGGCCAUCAUCUUCGUCAUCGAUAUCUCGGAGCAGUGCAGCUACUCCAUCGAGGACCAGGUCAAGCUCUUCAACUCCAUCAAGCCCCUCUUCACCAACAAGCCCCUCGUCGUGGCCCUCAACAAGAUCGACGUCAUCACCCUCGACAACCUGCGCGAGGACGCCAAGGCCCUUCUCCGCGAUCUCGAGACCCAGAACAACGUCUACCUCAUCCCCAUGUCGACCCUCACCGAGGAGGGCGUCAUGAAGGUCAAGGAAUUCAACAGGUGGCUCAUGGCCGAGGACCCCGACUGGGACCCCACCGUGUUCGGCCCCGACCUGAGGAACCAGUUCAUGCUGGCCAACGACGAGUGGAAGUUCGACAACAUCCCGGAGAUCAUGAACGGCAUGAACGUGUUCGACUACAUCGAUCCCGACAUCCUGGUCAAGCUGCGACAGCUGGAGAAGGAAGAGGAGGAGCGACUGGAGAAUGAAGCGGGCGAGAUGGAGGAGGAGCAGCCCUUCCGCCUGACCGAAGACGAGAUCAACCUCCUCAAGGAGCUGAGGAACAAGGACGCCCUCACCCGCAUGGAGCACGCCCUCAGAAAGGGCAACAAAUCCCGACCCACCCUCACCCAGGCCUCCAGAACCGGCAGGCUGCAACUGGGCGCGUUCGAGGACCAUUUGAAGGACAUGGGCAUCAACCCGAGCGCUGCGGUGGACCGAGCCCGCAGCAUGAGCCGAGGCCGGAAGAGGUCGCGCUCCGAGAGCCCGUCGGUGGAGCGGUCCAAGUCGCGAGGCAGGAGCAAGACCCCGCAGGAGGAGGGUCUGCGAGACAAGCGACAGAAGCUGGAGGUCGAGGUCAAGGCCAAGAAGGCGCAGAGGACCAUGAACAAGGACGGACGAAAGGGAGAGGCCGACAGACACAUCUACAACCUCAAGCCCAAGCAUCUCUACGCCGGCAAGCGCGGCAACGGCAAGACCGACAGGAGGUGA